GGGGUUCCCAUGAAAUGGGCCGAAUCCUGCUCGAGCGGACGCAUUUCCACGAAUAGCUCGGCUGCAUCGUCGUCAUCUCUCUCUGGGUGGGAAGAAGAUGCAGAGGGCUCGUACCCCCACUCCACGACUGCAAUAUUCCCACUGAGAACGAUGGAAAGGCACGUUCAGACGUUCCUCAACAAGCUCUCCUUCGCCUCCGUCGCCGUCGCCACCUGCACCCUCGUCCUCCUCUUCCUCCGAACACCCCAGACCUGCCUCCCACCCACCGCCGCCGCCCGCCACCGCUUCCCCAGAUCCUCCUGCGACUCCGCCCGCCGCGAGUUCCUCCCUCUCGACAAGAAGAACAAGCGCCUCUGGUCCUCCCGCGCCUUCCGCGGCCAAGUCCUCUCCUACCGGCGCUUCUUCGACUCGAUCCGCGAUCUGGGCCUCCUCCGCAACCACUCCAAGGUCCUCUGCGUCUCCGCCGGGGCCGGCCACGAGGUCAUGGCGCUGUCCGAGUCGGGGGUCGCCGACGUCACCGGGGUCGAAUUGAUCGACUCCCCGCCUCUGGUAAGCCGCGCUGAUCCGCACAAUUUGCCCUUCUUUGAUGGGGUUUUCGAUCUGGCGUUUAGCGGGCAUUUGGAGGAGGCUCUGUUCCCGUCGCGGUUCGCGGCGGAGAUGGAGAGGACGGUGAGGGUCGGUGGCGCUUGUGUGGUUGUCGUGGAGGAGUGUGGGGAUGCGGAGGUGGAGGAGAUUGUGGGUUUGUUUAGGAAGUCGAGACUUUUGGGUGCUGUUAAUGUUACUUUGAUUGGAUUGAAGAUGACUAGAAUUAUAUUGAGAGUUAAAGCUUCUUCCUGAUCAUUUUGUCGUGCUUAUGCUUCUUCCUCUUCGUCGUUGGAUGAUUUGUGUGGCAUGUUUCCUAUCUUUUUAAUCUUCCCUCUUUCUUGAUUGGCCUUGCGAAAAGAGUCUCUUAAUAACGAGACUAAGAAGAAAAAUCAUCAAUGGGUUGCCAAUUAAACUAAAAUUGGGACAAGUUUGUUUUUUGGUGGGGAUGAAAGCACCUUGCCGCUAUUAGACUCGCGGAGGGUUUGUCUCUGGUAAUCAAAGAAUGU